AUGUCGAUUACUAUACGAUUUUUUCAGUUGCCCAUUAAAAAUGCUCAAAUUCGUGUUAUAUUGGGGUCUUGCAGUGAAACACGCGUGCCAGCUCUAAAUCAAAGCUGGGAUGCCUGUGCUUUUAUGAAAGAUCGUAAAACUAAUAGGGCACUGGGUCGCUUAUACCAAUACAUUGAGCCGUAUACCAAUAUUAACCAUACCUGUCCCUAUAACCAUGAUAUACACAUUGCGAAUUUUACGUUGUCUGGCCAACGACCCAUGCUACCGGUGUUUAAUGGCGAGUACUUUGCUAGAAUCGAAGCAUCAAUUGAUGGCAAAAAGCGAUUAUCCAUAGAUGUUAUUUCCGACUACAAACUUUAG